CAACAUUUUCUUUUCUCUUUGAUUUUUUAAAAAAAAAUAUAAAAAGGAAUCAGACACCCACAUGAUAAUAUAUGGAAGAUGACAGAUGCCCUGCACUACACCACCAUUGAAUAAAGUAGCUACCAUCACCACCAUACACUCCAUUUCCACCAAAAACCCAGAAAGUUUCUUUCUUUACUCCUCUCUCCUGAUCCUCCACAUUCAUCUUUUUCUGGGUUUUUGCUGUAGAUAAAUCAAUCAAGAAGAAAAAUGAGUAUGUACGGGAGGGAUCCCUGGGGAGGCCCUCUUGAGAUCAACACGGCGGAUUCCGCCACCGACGACGAUCGGAGUAGGAAUCUGCAGGAUUUGGACAGGGCGGCGCUGUCUUCUUCUCGCCCUUUGGAUGAAACUCAGCAAAGUUGGCUUCUUGGUCCCGGUGAGCAGAAGAAGAAGAAGUAUGUGGAUCUAGGCUGUAUCAUUGUAAGCAGGAAGCUUUUUGUUUGGACCGUCGGUACCAUCCUUGCCGCCGGCUUUCUUGCCGGAUUUAUCACUCUGAUUGUCAAAACGGUGCCUCGUCAUCACCAUGCUCAUGCUCCUCCUGAUAACUACACCCUUGCGCUUCACAAGGCCCUCAUGUUCUUCAAUGCUCAGCGCUCUGGGAAGCUCCCAAAGCAUAAUAAUGUGUCCUGGCGUGGUAACUCGUGUCUACGAGAUGGAAAGUCUGAUCCAUCAACCGUGAUGAAAGAUCUGGUGGGUGGUUAUUAUGAUGCUGGAGAUGCCAUCAAAUUCAAUUUCCCCAUGUCAUUUGCUAUGACAAUGUUGAGCUGGAGUGUGAUUGAGUACAGUGCUAAAUACGAAGCUGCUGGGGAGCUCAACCAUGUUAAGGACAUCAUCAAGUGGGGAACUGACUACUUCCUAAAGACUUUUAACAGUACGGCUGACACCAUUGACAGGCUUGUUGCUCAGGUUGGAUCAGGAGAUACAUCGGGAGGAAAUACCAACCCGAAUGACCAUUACUGCUGGAUGCGUCCUGAGGACAUCGAUUACGAUAGGCCUGUUACUGAAUGUCAUGGCUGCUCAGAUCUUGCGGCGGAAAUGGCUGCUGCUUUGGCUGCUGCGUCCAUUGUGUUCAAAGACAACAAGGCCUAUUCACAAAAGCUUGUCCAUGGUGCCAGAACACUCUUUCAGUUUUCCAGAGAUCAACGCGGAAGAUACAGUGCUGGUGGUUCAGAGGCUGCCACGUUUUAUAACUCAAGCAUGUACUGGGAUGAAUUUAUUUGGGGUGGAGCCUGGUUGUAUUAUGCAACUGGGAAUGUUACUUAUCUUCAGCUCGCUACUCUUCCUGGUAUUGCUAAACAUGCUGGUGCAUUCUGGGGAGGCCCAGACUAUGGCGUCCUUAGCUGGGACAACAAGCUUGCUGGUGCUCAGGUUCUUCUUAGCCGGCUGAGGUUGUUCUUAAGUCCUGGCUAUCCCUAUGAAGAAAUAUUGAGGACAUUCCAUAAUCAAACCAGCAUAGUCAUGUGUUCGUACCUGCCAAAUUUCACGAGUUUUAAUAGAACCAAGGGAGGCUUGAUCCAAUUGAAUCAUGGAAGGCCUCAGCCUCUCCAAUAUGUGGUCAAUGCAGCCUUCUUAGCUACCUUAUUCAGUGAUUACCUUGAUGCUGCUGAUACACCCGGGUGGUACUGUGGGCCUAAUUUCUAUUCAACUGAUGUCUUGCGUGAAUUUGCAAGGACCCAGAUGAAUUACAUCCUCGGUAAGAAUCCUAGGAAAAUGAGCUAUGUCGUUGGUUUCGGAAACCAUUACCCGAAGCAUGUCCACCAUAGAGGUGCAUCUAUUCGUAAGGAUAAAAUUAAGUAUAACUGUAAAGGAGGAUGGAAAUGGAGGGACACUAAGAGCCCAAACCCCAACACAAUUGUUGGAGCCAUGGUUGCCGGUCCUGACAAGCAUGAUGGUUUUCAUGAUGUUCGAACUAACUACAAUUAUACAGAGCCAACGCUCGCAGGCAAUGCUGGUUUAGUUGCAGCUCUUGUGGCACUAUCUGGUGACAAGUCUACUGGGAUUGACAAGAACACCAUCUUCUCUGCAGUGCCACCAAUGUUUCCAACCCCACCACCACCUCCAGCGCCUUGGAAACCUUGAGAUGCCAAAAGAGUAUCAGAUGAUUUUGCGGAAGCACUGCUCUUUUUUCUUCUUUUACACUUGGAUGACUGGAAGGCAAUGACAAAUCAUAAAGUGGACAUAGGAAGAGGAGUCUAUGAGAUGCUUUGAAGACAAUGGUCCAUACUGGGCUUCAAUUAGAACCUCAGCUAGCAUUAAGAAAUGAUUGUUGUGUCUGCAAAUGUAUGUUUGAUUUUUCAGUAUACAUACUACAUGUGUAUAUAUCCAUCGUGUUUUCUUUGAUA